CUUUGUGGGGACGGGAGGUUGGAUCAGAUGCUUUCCCUGUGCUGCGGUGUUGGUGGAUGCUGAUGGCUCUGCUCUCCCCCCAGAUGUGUCCCCAGGGGCCCUGGGCUGCGCUGCUGCUGCUGGUGGGUGUCCUCGCCUCUGACACGCCGCCCAGUGCCAGGGGAAGGAAGAAGGUGGUCCACGUCCUGGAGGGGGACAGCGGGGCCGUGGUGGUGCAGACAGCCCCGGGGAAGGUGGUGACGCACCGGGGAGGCACCAUCAUCCUGCCCUGCCGCUACCACUACGACGUCUCGGCCCACGACCCCGACGAGAUCCGCCUCAAAUGGACCAAAGUGACGGAGCCGAUGGCCUUCGUGGACGUCUUUGUGGCUCUGGGGAAGGCGAGGAGGGCGUUCGGCAGCUACCGCGGGCGCACGGCGCUGCAGGAGGACGGCUUUGGGGACGCCUCGCUCAUCAUCCGCAACGUCACCCUGCAGGACUACGGGCGCUACGAGUGCGAGGUGACCAACGAGCUGGAGGAUGACACCGGCAUGGUCAAGCUGGAUCUCGAAGGCGUCAUUUUCCCCUACCAUCCUCGCCUGGGCCGCUACACCCUGAACUUCCACGAGGCGCAGCAGGCGUGCCUGCAGCAGGACGGCAUCCUGGCCUCGCACGACCAGCUGCACCAGGCCUGGCUGGAGGGCAUGGAUUGGUGCAAUGCAGGCUGGCUGCAGGACGGCUCCGUGCAGUACCCCAUCUCCCACCCGCGGGAGGAGUGCGGCCGCAAGGACACCCCGGUGGGUGUGCGCAACUACGGCUACCGGCACAAGGAGAGCGAGCACUACGAUGCCUUCUGCUUCACCUCCAACCUCAACGGCAAAGUUUACUUCCUGAAGACGUUCCGCAAGCUGAGCUACACCGAGGCGGUGCAGGCCUGCAAGAACAACGGGGCGGCUGUGGCCAAGGUGGGGCAGCUGUAUGCUGCCUGGAAGAUCCAACUGCUGGACCGCUGCGAGGCGGGCUGGCUGGAGGAUGGCAGCAUCCGUUACCCCAUCGUCAACCCGCGGGCGCGCUGCGGCGGCCGGGAGCCUGGAGUGCGCAACCUGGGCUUCCCGGACAAGAAGUACAAGCUUUUUGGAGUGUACUGCUUUAAAAAGGCUGGUGAUGCUCCUCCUGAGAAGAAGAAGGGUGAGGGGCAUCCCAACCGUGUGUGAUGCAGUGCUGGGGUUCCUCACGAGGCUCCCCCAGCCCUGCAUGGCUGCGGAGCGUCCUUGGACUCCGCCGGGAGCCCCCAAGGUUGGGGCUGUGUACAUGGAACUGGAAGAGCUCAGGUGAUGCCGGCGGGUGCUGUGCUGUGCCCGGGCCCAGUGAUGCCUGGGGGGAAACUGAGGCACCUGGAGAGAAAGCACUGAGCUGCCUGGGCAGGAAGAUCCAGCACCAACCUGGCAGAGCCCAUCUGAAGUCAUCGCUUAGAAUUCAGCGCAUUGCAUGUGCAAAAAGCCUGGCCAGAGCAAUGCAGGACUGAACCCCCUGCAUCUUUGUGCUCUCCAGCUCUGCGCUGGGACCAACCCCACCUCGGGGUGCUGCAGGUAACACAGCAGCGGGGGCACAGCCCCAAAAUCUGGCACCAAUGCAGGCGGUGCCCACUUGGGGCAGCAGCCUCUCGCCCUCGCGCUUGGCUUAGUGCAGAAGCUGCCCCAAGCUGCCUGCCCACCCUGGCCGGGGGCAGCUCUGGGUGUCAUGCAGCCGCAG